CAAAUCACUUAAAAUCGCUAAUGUAAAACACAUAAUGAAGUUUUUUUGUCAUCAUAUCAACAGUCAAAAGUGAUUGUCAUGGUUACUGUCUGUUAGCAUAUAAACCAGCUUUAGCUACGGAAGUAAGACAAACCAACGCUGUCAAAACCACACGCAUUCUGCGCUCCCUUGCAGUCUGACGGACUGAGUGCUGGUGAGAGGACAAAGGUUUUGCAGUAAACUUCUCAAUUCUAUCUGCAGUCACUAUGGCGCGUGUUGAAACAUCUUCUAGCAGACCCUAUCACAUAGUUAUCUUCGGAGCCUCAGGCUUCACGGGGCAGUUUGUGGUGGAAGAGGUGGCUCGGACUGUGUCUGAGGGUCCGAACGGGAACCUCAAAUGGGCCGUUGCAGGCAGGAGCAAGCAGAAGCUGGAAAAAGUUCUGGAGCAGGCCGCUGAAGUUCUCGGUAAGCCUGAGCUGAGGACAGAAGUGGACGUGAUUGUUGCAGAUGUGGGAGAACCAGACACCCUAGCAGCCAUGUGCAAACAGGCUGUGAUUGUUCUCAACUGUGUUGGGCCUUACAGAUUUUUUGGCGAGCCAGUAGUUCAAGCCUGCGUGGAGAAUGGAGCCCACCAUAUGGACAUCUCUGGAGAGCCACAGUUUCUGGAGGGCAUGCAGCUGAACUACAGCAGCCAAGCAGCUGAGAAAGGUGUGUUUGUCAUUGGGAGCUGUGGGUUCGACUCCAUCCCUGCAGACAUGGGAAUCAUCUUCACCAGGGACCAGUUCAAGGGUACGCUGACUGCUGUGGAGAGCUUCCUGACCAUCAGCUCAGGGUCUGAAGAUGGAUGUUUACAUGAAGGCACAUGGCAGUCAGCCAUCUAUGGUCUUGCUGACAGACCAAAGCUAAAGGGUCUUAGGAGGAAGUUUAAUCACCAACCUCUCCCUGUCGUUGGCUCAAAGCUGAAACACAGGGGAGCACUGACCUUCAGUAAUGAGAUCCAGCAGUACACGGUACCCUUCAUUGGCUCUGAUCCUGCCGUUGUGAAGAGAACACAACGCUUCCUGACAGAGGAACAUCAAGCUACACCAGUCCAGUAUGGAGCAUAUGCUGGUAUCGGAGGUAUGGGGAACGUUAUCAAGUUGAUGUUUGCUGGCAUGAUGUUCUUCUUCUUAGUGAAGUUCAGUUGUGGACGCAACCUGCUCAUCAAGCACCCAGAGUUCUUCUCCUUUGGAUUCUUCACAAAGGGUGGACCCAGUAGAAAGCAGAUGGAGGCUUCAUCCUUCCAGAUUUCCUUCUAUGGAGAGGGCUACACAGAGGAUCAGGACCCCUCCCAGGGCAAACCCAAUGCCAAGAUCCGCACAUUGGUUCGGGGACCAGAGGUUGGUUAUGUGGCCACGCCCAUUGCCAUGGUACAGGCCGCUCUCACAAUCCUCAACGAACCUGCAGCUAUGCCCAGAAAGGGAGGAGUUUAUACUCCAGGAGCUGCUUUUGCAAGAAGCACACUCAUCGACCGCCUUAACAAACAUGGCAUCCAUUUCUCCGUCAUCUAAACUUUGUGCCCUUCCUCGUGUUGUAGUCCAGGAUUUUUUGUGAGCACCUACUAAUAUGCAUAAUAACAACCAGGAAGUUUCCAGCUUUUUAAUAAUGCCAGCCACAUUGAAAUUUAAGUUGUUUGGUGGUGAUUUCAUAUUCCUUUCAUGCCCUCAGAAACUUUCCGGACUACCCCCUCUGGCUUGAAUGUGCUAUUAACAUUGUAACACUAAACACUGUGGCAGCGUCUCCCCAUCAAGGACAGUAGAUCUGCUGUGUGUUAAUAGGUUUAGCAUGGUCUCCCACUAAUAUGAUAAUUGCUAAUAAAGAAAGAAUUUCACACAGAAUUUAGUUCACUCCAUUGCUUUGAACACAAAUAAAAAUAAGUGACAUGAUGUUGGUGUGUAAUAUGACUGAUUAAUCCUGUCCGCUAUCACAUGAAAGCAGAGAUAACACAACCAUUUGAUCAUCAGACCAAAGAU